GAAACUUCGAGUACUUGUCUCUUGACGUGUUUAUUAAAAAUGCGAGCUUUUGUUUCACGGCAAAUACACCAAUCAUAUUUUGAGAGUUCAACCAUAUCCACGAGCAAUAAACACUUGUGAUAUUUUGGGGAAUAGUUGACACUGCUGUUGCGGGAACAACACAAACUGAGUGAAAUUUUGCUUUACCCGUAAACUAGGCAAAUAAAGUGGGAAUGUAAGGUGUGAAUCGAAGAGGUACUUGUUGACGUAGUGUUUGGAAAGCAGUCAUUGGAAAAAUAACGCGUGAUUACGUCCCCAAAAGCUACAACUUAAAAGCACUGGAGAAAUGAGACUCAUCACAGGAAGUUUCCUUCUUGCCAUUUUCUUUACCUCCAAGCAAGACGAAGCGUUUGCCAAUGAUUUGGGGUCAGUUUCGUCGUGUUUUCCAACCGAAAUGAGGAUAGUAGUGAACUUAACUAAAAAUCCUGAUCUAGUUGUCCCCGAAAUGCAUCUCAUCGAUACCAACUGCAAAGUUACGGAUAACAAUGUAACCCACGCCAGGUUUGAUAUACCUCUAAAUGACUGCGGAACGACUCGGGAUGGCUCGAAUCCCGAUUACAUUGAGUUCUCCAAUGCUGUAAAAUGGAGUCCAAAACCAGUUGGGAAUGAGCUGCAAACGCGCAAGUACGAUUUUGAGUCUCGUAUCAUCUGCAGGUAUGAUCGUAAUGGUUCUGCAUCUGUUUCCAUAAAGCCUGAGCAGGAAAUCACCGUCAGUCAAACAGUGUAUGGGAAAUUUUCGUUUGUAAUGGAAGUAUUCAGUGACGCAGAAAGGACCCGCAAGUUAGAAAGAGACCUUCCCGUAAUACCCGGAACCCCGUUACACUUCAGAGUACAAGUUUUGUCAGCCGAGUCAGCUUUGAUUCUUCAUCUCGACAAAUGCUGGGCAAGAAACCAGGAUUUUACUGGAUCGCACGAAUUUAUCGAAAAAGGCUGCGAUAAUGGCAAAGACAAGACUCUGGACUACGACUGUGCCAAUUCAACCAUUCAGGAUUUCCAGAUAGACGCCUUCCGCAUUCUGAAUUCCCCGACUGAUUUCGUCUUUUUCUUCUGUGACGUCAUCGUCUGUCUUGAAAAAGCCAAUGCCUCGUUGUGCACUGACCGCUGUAACAAUUGUACAGCAGGUUCGAAUGGAGGAUCCAGGAAGAGGAGGAGUGUGGAAGAGGAGUCUGAUUAUAAAUACGACCAAGGAUCCAACACGUUCUCUCUUGUUGUUGGUCCUUAUUUGGUCAAAGAGCAAGAUGAUGGAAAAGAUCAAAAGUCACAGGAUGAUGAUGAUCAGACGGAGGUGGAAGAAGACGAGCUUUCCUCGACCAUGAUAAUAGUGCUGUGUGUGACGAGCUUUGCAGCUAUUGUCCUGAUUUGGGUCACGAUUAUGGUAAUCAUUUGGUUCAGACGCUGGUCAACUAAACAUACAGCCGAGCAUGCGCAGGCAGGCAUACCAAGGAGACCGAAAGCUUUUAAACUGUAGGCUGAUAGAGAAGCAUAUAAUUCUUACACAUUGCCAGAUUUGGACUGAGAAAGUCGAUCGUAAAACGGCUGUUUGAAAACGUCUUUCGGAAGUAAAAUUUUUAGCUGAUAUUUAUCAAUAUGUUAACCUCUUUUUGAUCAUAUUUUAGCUUUUUUAUCUUUUAUAUCUGUUAUUUUUCUAAGGAGUAUUAUUAAAGGCUUUUCUGUCUUUGGUACUCAGGUACAGCUAGUCCGUUUUAGAAACCUAAGAUCAAUAAUCAGUGCGCCAAAGGUGCGCCCAGAUUUUUUUCCCGGCUUCUUUAUGGGCGAACAGAGCCUACAAGCGCGAUGCGAACGCAUAGAUCGAGUCAGGCACGAAAUUAGGAUAUAGGAACGCUUGGGGUCCCCCUUUAUCCCUACCUGUACGCCUGUUAUGCAAGCUGUAGAAAAGGGAGAAGGCUGAUAGGGGGAACCGCAGUAUCUGAAACCCCUAAGUCAUGUUAGCGCUUGUUCCCAGUGAUCCGUUUCUUGCCCAUCCUCGAUAGCUUUUAAUUUUUUGUAGGUACUUGAUGAAAAUAAAGGCGGCGGACCCGCUAAAAAGCAGCGGUGGAGCUUUGA